CCUGUAUGGGGCUGUGCGAGUGUUUGGGUUCAACAUUGUUCCCGAUCAGCCUCCGUACAACCUCUUUUCCCCUCAUACACACUGUGCCCUCUCCAUUGAAGCCACUGCCCAUAAGGAUUCAGAAAAAGCCAAGAAAGAGAUGAAGACGGAAGCCAGGUCCAUCCUGAGAGCUCACCUUGUGCCACGAGCUGCGAGAGUCAAGCUGAUGAAAAGCUUUGUUUCCCAGUGUUCCCUGGUUCUGUUGGAACGUCUGGACACUCCAGCGACAAGGUUCAUCCUCAGCCACUCGGAUUUUUCCCAUGUUUUCAGAGCAAAGAAACAAAAACUUGCCUGUUUGAUCCCAGAAGACACAGCCCUUGCUUCUGCUGGCAUCAGGAGGCAGGUCCCGGAGAUUGGGCUGGUCUUGUCAGAGAGCUCGUCUUCAGCCAUUGCAGAGUUGGUCCGAGCGUGUCAGGAGGAAGAUGAAGGCUGCCCAGUCAUCCUUGUUUGUGGCCCCAAAAGUGUUGGCAAGUCCACUUUUAACAGAUACCUGAUCAAUCUUCUGCUGAACCGCCUUCCCUGUAUUGAAUUUUUGGAAUGCGAUCUGGGGCAGACGGAGUUCACGCCUCCCGGCUGUAUUUCUCUAAUUAAUGUGACGGAGCCGUUUCUGGGCCCACCAUUCACUCACCUGCGUACGGCCCGCAAAAUGGUAUACUUUGGUGAAACCAGUUGCGAACAGGAGACCGAAAGAUACCUUGACACACUGAAGUAUGUGUUCAGUGCCUAUGAGAGAGAUGUGCCUCUGGUAAUCAACACCAUGGGAUGGGUGAAAGGUGCCGGAUUGCUCCUUCUGAUCGACAUUGUUCGGCUGUUGUCGCCCAGCCACAUUGUUCAGAUCAGUGCAGACAGCUUCAAAGACAUGCCUCAGCUUUCCCCAGAGUAUACCUGUAGCUCCACAGGCUUGCAUACGAAAGGCAAAGGGCCCCUCAAAUGCAAGAGCCUAGGGAGUGCGACAGAGGACUCGGAGCUGGGCAGAGGCCAAGGAAACUUCCACCUACCGCGUUCUGGGCACAAGCUGCUGUGUGUUCAGCCAGAGUUCCCCGGGGCUGGAAUUGCUGGCGAUGGGCGAACCCACAGCAGUGUCCUCCGGGACAUGGCAGUCCUGUCAUACCUGGGUCAGUUGCAGCCCUCCGACGUGGAAUUGGUGCUUCCUGUGCACAGCCUGGUACCCUAUCAGGUACCUUUCAGCGCUGUCUCCAUCAAGGUUAUCCAUACAGACGUCGCUCCUGCCCACAUACUGUAUUCUGUCAACGCCAGCUGGGUCGGCCUUUGCCAGGUACCGGAUAAGGUCCAGUGUAAAGAGGAUGGGCCAGUCUUAUUAACGCAGACACCGAUCUGCGAUUGCCUGGGCUUUGGAAUUGUCCGAGGCGUGGACAUGGACAAGAAACUCUAUCAUAUUCUGACCCCAGUAGCUCCAGAGAAUUUACGACUUGUGAAUUGCUUACUAAUUGGAAACAUCCCUGUUCCUAACUGCGUGUUCCUGAACCAAGAAUUGAAGGGGAAAUACCGUACGUCACGUCAGAAUACAACUAUGGCAUUUCAGGUGCCGGGAAAUUGAAAAUGAAAAAGCACCUCAAGAGGAGAGAGCACGUUCGGCCGUAAACUCCUGUUCACAGCCUCGCUGGCAGGGACUGGUUCGGAGAACUUGGCCUGUUCUUAGGGGACCUCCCUCCCACCAGACACAAGUGACAAUAUUGACAGCU